AUGUCUGCGUCGGAGGAAAAUCUCGCGCCCGAGAUCCAGUACAUGGUCGUGGGAGUGUUGGUGGCAGAAUUUGAGAGGUUGAGCAACCCAAUCUGGUCGCGAGAACACAAGGCCGACAUAUACUGUGUUCUCUCUACGCUGUUGUCCGUAAGGCUAACUUGCCGAGGCUUCAGCCAGGCCGGCAUCAUCAAGGCGGCCGUGUUUAAGGAGGUCACGCUGCAGGCCACGCGACUUAGCUUCAACUGCCUUCGGCCCUCCAGCCUCUUGUCCAUCGCGCCCUUUGUGAGAAAGACCAGUUUUCUCCCGACACCAUUUUCCACCAGCCUCGACCUCAAGGGUUUCACUAGAGCGCUUGAGAUCCUGUCGCAGCAUGAAUCCGACCUGCCUGUUCGAGGCCGCAAGCACGUGGAAGGACACUGGGGCGCCAUCCCGACAACGGAAUCUGAAGUUGCGGCGGCUUUCGGAAACCACCGUGGAAAAGCACGCGUGGAUGAAUAUAUUAUGAAUAGCGGCGAGCUACACCCUCUCGAUCCAAGCGAAGAUUCGGGUGCCGGUGACGGCCAGAUGUUCACGACGGCAAUACAGUGUCUUGAAUCUUCCUGCAUGGACAUCAACGCUAUUUUCAUCCACCGAACCCUCGCGCAGCACUUCAGCAUCACGCCGCCGCCUUCGUGGAACCUGCUGGAUCUCAGCAGACUCGAGACACUCAAAUUCCCGGACCUGGUAAUCGAGGAGCACGACAACGAGUACGACCUCAUGGAACGAGACGCAGCGGCCGAAUUUUGCUUGACCUCGCUCCUUCAAAAGCCUCUCCCGAACCUAAGAGAGUUGAGUGUUGACCGCUACGUGCCAUUUCCUCGCUUGACAUUGCCGUCUCUGUCGCCGAUUACACUCCCGCGACUUCGCACUCUCACCCUCGGGGGCAUCCUGCUCGGUAUUGAACACCUCACAGAUAUCGUCACAAGCUGCACUGCGCUGCGAGAGGUGUCACUGAGAGACUGCCAUCCUCAGGGCCCUGACGGACUUCGGCUGGAGGAUCCGACGAAUGAGGAGUGGCAGCCGCUAUUCAACGCCUUGUCUCAUCAUCCGACAUUGAGGCGUUUCACAAUUGCCGAGAGGUGGGAUGCAAGGAACAACGAAGGCGAGAUCGUUUCGCCUUACAUGCUCAACAACGUCGGCGUCGAAACCUAUCGGGUCAUGCUCCAGACUGGGAUGUCGGCCGGAUGGGACGAAGACGCUGGGGGAAUAUGGGAUGCGGCUCUGCAGGUCUACCUUGCGCAACAGCAGUGA